UUGUUUCAUUUCCCCAUAUAAGCAAGCCUCAUCCAUUUGCCCAUCAACUUGUCAUUUGAGAGAACAAUAUCUCCCACAUUCAAUAUACUAUUUUUGUUAUUUAUAGAAAGGAACGUACGAUCCAUUUACUUAUUGCAUAUUUUAAUAUGGCCGAUCCGCAGUCUAAUGCGCCGCCCCAAGACGAUCAACCGCCAUCCAAUGCUUCGAUACAAGUUCCAGCUGAACCUCUUCUGCUGCCCGAUGACCAAUCACCGCGCUCCACGUCAUCAAAUCAGUCGCCCAGACCCAUUCGAUCUCCGGGUGGCUCUUCCAGUCAUCCCAGUAGCGGCAGGCAUCCGAGUUAUAGGGGAAUUCGAAGCCGGAGCGGGAAAUGGGUGUCGGAGAUCCGGGAGCCACGUAAAACUACGCGUAUAUGGCUGGGCACGUACCCUACCCCUGAAAUGGCAGCCGCCGCCUACGACGUCGCAGCUCUCGCUCUCAAAGGUCCCGACACGCCCUUGAACUUUCCGGAAUCUAUUCUUUCUUACCCUAUACCAACAUCCACGUCAGCCAACGACAUAAGGGCCGCGGCUGCAAGUGCAGCUGCAGCCAGACAGCCCAAGGUAGAAACCGGGUCAAAUCCGGAUGCGGGUCAGCCCAUUGCUGAGGUCACGUCUUCCAGUACGAGCCGCGUUGAGUCAGGUCAAGAAUUUAUUGACGAGGAAAUGUUUCUAAACUUGCCAAAUUUGCUGGUGGACAUGGCAGGAGCAAUGAUGGUGAGCCCUCCAAGGAUAAACACGCCGUCGUCUGAUGAUUCGCCGGGUGGUUCCGAUGCUGAAGGCCUAUGGUCCUACCAGUAAACCAAUCCCUUUGCUUCAGCUGCAGUGUAGAAGGAAAAGAGGAGUGAUUUGGAUGGGUAAUUUAAGGUGUUUUCUUCUUAUUUCGAAGCUUGGAUUUGCUUAGACUAUAGAUUGCUAGAUUGAAGGGUGUGUAUCACUAUCACUGCAAAGAAAAGUAGCAGAAAAAACAGGUAGGUGACUUUGCUGCCACUUAUCGUUAAUUAGCUGUAUAUGUACAUGCCAGGGCUGGGGACAGCUAGGGAAGGGGACGUCUCAUUCAUCUUUGUUUGGCAAAAAAGAUUACUUGUGUCAUUCUCAAUGAGAUGAGUCUGAUAUAUAUUUUAUGGUACGGAGAGUCUCUCAUCCGCACACUUUCUUUUUUCAAUUUUUUCCCCGUUUUGGGUCUUAAGACAUAUUUAAACUUUCUUGAUGAACAUGGCUAACUUACGCAACAUGAUUUGUACUUUUCUUCAAAUGGGUUUUUUAGCUUUUCCUCUUCCGCACUGGAAUUGGAGUUUUGACAAUGGUGUUUUUAACUUUUAAGUCACAUGAAGAUGAAGGUUGUAUAAACCCAGAUACUGGUGCAAAUAAUCAGAAACGGGUUGAUGCCUGUGGUUCAGUUAUCAAGAGGCCAAAUAAUGAUAAUGAUACAACUCAUAGCAGCUGCAGAUGUCGGGGAUUGAGACAGAUCAAUUCUUGUUCUCUAUAUAUUACAAGUUUUAUGCCUUGGGAUCUCUUGUUCUUAGGUUUUCACUUAAUGCUGGUAUUCUCAUCACAUCUCUUGUUUUGCUGCUACUCCACCACAAAUGUGAGCAUGCACUGGUACAAUUUGUGCGCAUAUAAUAGAGGGAAACGAUUUGCUUUCUCAUCACAUCUUUGCCCAUUUGUAGCUCCAAGCUCACAUCUUCCUUUAGGGCCUAAGCGUCAUGUUUGUGCAAACGAUGUUUAUGGUUGAACCGUUUUAGUUUCUUCGAUGUUCUACUAAAAUGAACACCAUGCAUCACCGCAAAAAGAAGAUAUUUGUAAAGGUAAGCCGAGAUUUUUCUUAUUAAAUGAUUGCUUUUCGUGUUGUGUUCUGGCCUUGUAAAGUUCAUAUGUAAUGGGGUGCAAACUCUAGCGCUUUAGAUAUCAAAUGAACAAAAAAAAAAAAGAGUAAAAUCUGUACUGCUUCACCAGGCAGGCACAUAACGCUUUGCCCUAACUUUUUGAAUGGAAGAUCGACCCAACGAAAGCUUUAUUUUGUUUUUAAAGC